UUAUUUUUUUUAAAUGAAAAAAAAAAAAAAAAAAAUUUUUUUUUUGUUCUAAUUUUUUUUUUUAUAAUUUUAUUUAAACAUUUUUUUUUUGUUUUAUUUUAAAUUUUUUUUUUAAUUGUAUUUUUUUUGAUGUCUUUGCCUUUUAGAUAUCAUCUAAUAAUAACGCAACGUUUUGAUGAUUUUUUAUGGGCAACUGAAAAUGCCGUGGCGGUGCGGCAGCUGCGCUACCUGCAACACCGACACUUCGCGCGCGUUUGUGUCAGACGGGAACAGUUGGCGCUGCCAGUUUCCCAAGGCGCUAUGCAACGCUGGUCCACGGCGGCUGAGAAUUCGCUGUCUGUCCCUGCUUUUCGUGCUUGUUGUGGACAUUGUCGCUGCUGCUGUUGUUAUUUUUGUUGCAAUACAAACUGUUAGCUGUGAUCUGCUGGCUGUUGCCACUAAUUGCCAAUUUGAUCACUCAAUGUUUGAACGAAUUUUCACUUAGUUUUAGUUGCAUUUUGCAUCUGCAACAUUCUCAUUGCGGCAAUUAGUAAUAUUUUCGUUGCACACGCGCGCGCAUAUCAAAGAAAUUUAUUUAGUUUUUGUUUCUCACAAUUUCAGUAAAAUAUUUAAUUUAUGUGUGUGUGUGUUCGUUUCGCCUGAUUCGUUACGGCCCAUUUAUUUAAUUGUGCCACAAUUAGUGCUUAAUUGUUGCAGUAAUUUAGUCGGUGUUACGAUUUUUACUCUCCCGUCUACCGUGCUCCGCUCUUCGAGUGACGUGCGUUUAAAAUGUUCGAUCCCAAAUAUAGUUUCAAAAGACGGCCGGCCGAUGUGUUUCAACUUAUGUAUCCCAGUUAUUUUCGUAAGCGUAAUUAUAACAACAACGAUUCGUAUGCACGAUUACCGGGACCACGUCCGACCAUCUAUCGGCGGCGUUUUGUGAGACCUUUACUACUACCAACACCAGAUCAUCCAAAUAUGAAUGGUUACAGUCGCAAGUCACCGUCGAAGCGUCGCUAUGAGGGCUCAAAGUAUCCGGUAUUGCCGAAGAAGAAGCCACGCACGGGCAAGGAGCGCAUACCGCAACCGAAGAACACCGUCGCCAUGCUGAAUGAGCUGCGUCAUGGCUUGGUCUAUAAGCUGGAGUCGCAAACCGGGCCGGUGCAUGCACCGUUAUUCACUAUAUCCGUUGAGGUCGACGGUCAAAAGUAUAUGGGUCAGGGACGUAGCAAGAAGAUCGCACGCAUCGAGGCGGCCGCCACGGCGCUACGAAGUUUCAUACAAUUUAAAGAUGGCGCCGUACUAACACCACUGAAGCCGACGUGUAAUCUUGAUUUCACAAGCGAUGAACAUCUGGAAAACGGUAUUGUGAAUUAUGAGAACAUAAGCACGGAUAAAUUAGUCCCGCUUUUAGACGCACUGUUCAGGCAUGCGAAAUUUAUUAAAAAACUGACACCCUUCAUGAGGGUAACCGAUUGUGCAUUGAGCAUGACAAAUGUAAAUAAAAGCGCCAUCACUGUGGAUGGUCAAAAGAAAGUGCCAGAUAAGGGACCUGUUAUGCUGCUCUAUGAGCUCUUCAACGAUGUGCACUUCGAUUGCUCGACUGUAGAUGGCGCGCAGAACAAUUGUCGCUUCAAAAUGACUGUAACGGUGAAUAACAGCAAGUUCGAUGGCACAGGUCCCUCUAAGAAGCUGGCCAAAAAUGCUGCCGCCAAAGCGGCACUUGCUUCACUGUGCAACAUCUCCUACAGCCCAAUGAUGCAUCCGCAGAAGAAUGUGCCCUUGCCCAUUGACGACAAGACCUCAUCCAUGGAGUUGCCACAGAUACAUGCCGACACCAUCGGUCGUCUCGUAUUGGAGAAAUUCAUGGAGGUCAUUAAAGGGCAGGAAUCGUAUUCGCGACGCAAAGUGCUCGCCGGCAUUGUGAUGACCGAAGACAUGAAUUUUAAUGAAGCCAAAGUAAUUUCCGUGUCGACCGGCACAAAGUGUGUGAGUGGCGAACACAUGAGCGUCACCGGCGCCGUGCUGAACGAUUCGCAUGCCGAGAUCGUGUCGCGCCGUUGUCUAAUGAAAUACUUAUAUGCUCAAUUAGAACUACAAUGCAGUCAGACCACUGCAAAUCAGUCGAUUUUCGUGAGGAAUCAAGACAAUGGGCAAUACCCGUACAAACUAAAAUCCGGUGUUCAUUUCCAUUUGUACAUCAAUACAGCGCCUUGUGGUGAUGCACGGAUUUUUAGUCCUCACGAAAAUGACACUGGUGUUGACAAACAUCCAAAUAGAAAGGCGCGUGGUCAAUUGCGUACGAAAAUCGAAUCGGGUGAAGGCACCAUACCGGUCAAAAGCAAAGAAGGACUACAAACUUGGGAUGGCGUACUGCAGGGCGAACGUUUGCUCACGAUGUCCUGCUCUGACAAGAUUGCACGCUGGAACAUCGUUGGCAUACAGGGCUCACUGCUGGCCUCCAUUAUCGAGCCGAUUUAUUUGCAUUCCAUAGUUUUGGGCAGUUUAUUGCAUCCCGAGCACAUGUAUCGUGCCGUCUGCGGUCGAAUAGAGAAAUCCAUACAAGGUCUUCCGCCACCCUAUCACUUGAAUAAGCCACGCUUGGCUUUGGUCACAUCGGCUGAGCCGCGCAAUCAAGCUAAGGCACCGAAUUUCGGCAUCAAUUGGACGAUUGGUGAUAGUGAGGUGGAGGUGGUGAAUUCGCUUACCGGCAAAACGGUCAAUAACCAAAUAUCGCGCAUUACCAAGCAGAUGUACUUCAUGAAGUAUGGCUAUUUGAUGAAAAAUUUGCCCGGCAUACCGAAUCGCAAGCUCACAAUCGAUUACGGGCAAGCAAAGGAGAGGGUUAAGGACUACCAGAUUGCCAAGAAAGAGUUAUUUGCGGCUUUUCGUCGCGAAGACCUCGGCAGCUGGCUGAAAAAACCAAUGGAACAAGAUCAAUUUGCGCUUCCGGAAUGACUCCAUUGUCAUCCUUUUGUUAUUAUUUAUGUUUGUUUGAGUACCGUGUGUCUGUAAGUGCGUUUGCCGUGUUAAGGAAUAAAACUGCGCAACAGUAUUAGUACCAGUUUAGAAAACAAAAACAACGAGAUUACUAUAUCUGCAUAAACAUUGCAUUCAUUUGCAAAACUACAAAUAUAUACCGUUAACUGCAUAAAUGGCGUGCUUCAGAAACUCUUACCUAUUGUAUGUACUGUAUAUAACUACAACAACGUUUUAACAGUACUUUAAGUUCAAGUCAGCGGAUCGGUCACCAUAAUUUUACAUAUAAUGUAUGUAUGUAUUUUGGAUUUUUUUUAUAUGGUUUUUUAAUAUUUCAAAGUAUUUCUUGUACUCGUAUAUAUAUUUUACUCAUAUUAAUAAUUUUUCUUAAUUUACUUAUAAAGCAAAUAUGUCAGUUCACUUAUUUUAAUACAUCAAAUUUUUUUUAAUUUAUUUAGUUUUAUUAUUUCUUUAUAUUGUAUUUAUAUCUACAUAUAUUAAUUGAUAGCUAUUUUUUAAUUAUUUAUUUUUUUGUGGUUAACGAACAAAUUUUUAUAAUUUAAACUUAAUUCAAAAGCUUAAAUACUUUAUUUUUAAAUUAUCGCUCUUUAUUUUAAAAACUUAUACUUUUUAAAGGAAUAUCUUUAAACAAAGGUAUUUUGGGCCGAUUCUGCGAGCGUGUCAAUUCUUUUGUUUUUAUUUUUACGUUUCCACCAAAACUUUGGUAAGUUAUAAGUCGAAUAACAGUUUAUAAGGGACAUGCUGUUUCGAGAAUUUAAUUUUAAGUUAUAUCUUGAAAAUUGUUUUAACUGAAAUUAACUUCAAAGCUGGAAAUUUGCUUUAAAUCUAUUAAUAAUUUUGUAUGUUUUUGUUGAAAUAACACAAAACAGGGUCACUCAUAGACAAUAAAAAAAUUAGAAGUUAUAAGUGUUUUUUUUUAAUUUUUUUUUUUUUUUAUGUUUUAAUUUACCAUAAAUGAAGUGCCAUACAUAAUUUUCAAAAAUAAAGUUUUAAAUCUGAACAAAUAUAAUUUUAAACAUAAAAACUAUUUAUAAAAAAUAAAAUAAUUUUGGAAAAUUUAAUAUAUGUAUCUAAUUUUUCUUUUUUUUUUUAAACAAAGAACAAUUUUAACCAACAUUUUGUUAAUGUUCUCAUAUAACAUUUAUUUUAUUUUUCUUAUCCCGUUAUUUAUUUUACAUUCUAAUUUAUCAAAAUUUAUGUAAUUGUCUUUUUACUCGACAUUUAUUUACGACUUGUUAAUUUUAAUCGUUACUUCAUAAUUGCAUCGAGAGCUUUUGUUUAAGGUAGCUUAGAAAAAAAUCGAUUUAAAUAAAAGUGAUUUUUGCAAAAGAUAUUGUAUAUGUAUAUUCUUUAAUAUUGAUUAUUUAAUUUUAUAUAUAUAUAUAUAUACAUAUAUUGUACAUAUAUUGUAUAUAUAUAUAUUUUUUUUUUGGUUUGGUCAUAUGGAGGCUUUUAAUACAUAACUUAUACAUAUAUUUGAUAUUUUGGCCGCAAGUUGUGAGAAUUAUAAGAGUUACAGAACUUUUCCUCGUCCAUUUCGGGUCUACCUCUGCUGGUAGAGUGACUCCGUAUAUCAAGUAAUCUUAUGAUGAUGGACGAUUUAGUUGAUGUUGUUAUAGUAACUUGUAUCUAAGACUUGUCUAGAAGUGAGUACCAGGUAUAGUCUUGCUUGUAGCACCCAGAUACGAUUGUUCCGCAGAGAAAGGUGUAUAUUUUAGUUUAACCAAUAAAAAUCAGGUCUAUAGAAUCAGAACAUCCCCAGAUUUAUAUCCGUUGAAGCAUUUCAACUUCAACAGUUUCUACACAUUUGUUUAGUGAGUGUUUGUAAUGCUUUAUUGCAUAUUAGACGAGCGAACUUUAGUUGGCAUGUGAAUAUACGGUUAAUACCUUAGUUAGGACUAAGUGCAAGCUGGAUAUAAUAUUCAAAGAAGAAUUUACAAGAGCUUUUCGUCUGCAACCGGUGUUAACGAAGAGCUCUCUGGGAAUGAAAGCGUGUCGUGUCGUCGAGGGGUUUAAGGAAGUCACAUUUGAUAUUCUGGGGCUGAUAUUACGUCAUUGUGUAUUUCUUUUUUUUUAUUAUUUUUGUUUGUAUGAUUUUAUAUAUAAACUUGAUUUUAGGUGAUGAUAUCUAUGGUAAAUUUACAUAGUGGUAUUUAUGCAAAUAUGUUUGUAUGUCUGGGAGCGCUUGUGAUGCAACUUAAAGAACCGUAGUCAUUUAAAUUUAGUAGUACGAGUAGUUAGUAGCAAAGAGUUAAAUUAAAAGUAUACUAUAUUAUAUAGAUAUAUACACAUACAUAGGUGCUUAGAUAAAUAAUAAAUUUAUUUACCGUAAGCCAACGGUAUUAUGUAAUUUUUUGCGAAAGAAUUUUAAGGCUAAAAGCAGUUAAUUUUAUAUUUUUGAAAUAUUUUAAAUAUUUUUAGGAUUUUUUUGUUUUUGAAAUAAUCAAAAAACAAUUUUUUUUUUUACUCUUUUAUUUAAUUUUAAACUUUUUAUUUGUAUUUAAAAAAAAAUUUUAUAUAUUUGUUUUUAAUUUUUAUAUUUUUAUAUGUUUUUUUACUUUUUUAUAUAUUUAUAUAUUUUUUUACUUUUUUAUAUAUAUUUUUUAAAAUUAUUUUAAUAUUUAAAAAAAUUUUUGUUUAAUAUUUAUUUAUAAAAUUUUUUAUAUGUGAAAAGAGAAAAUAUUUUUUAUAUGUACUUGUUAUUUUUUUGGUUACUUUACUUUUUCUCUAAAAAUUUUAACCUUCAUCAAAAUAAUUGCAAUACAAGUAAAUACAUGAAAGAUCCACACAUAAUACAUAUGUACAUCCACGAAUUCAUUCACACACAUACACAACUACACAUACAUACAUACACAUAUAUAAAUAAAAUUAUAUGAAUUCGAUCUUAUAAUAAAAUACUGUGAUACUAAAUUUUACUAGUACUUCCAGCAUAGCUGCAUUUUAUCCAUUCUAAAAUAUUCUAAAAGCUUACAUUAAUGGUAAUAUUGAAUAUUGACAUGCAUCGACGCAUUGGCGCAUAAGAAACAUAAAGUAAAGUUAAAAGUAAAACAAAGUUAAAAAAUUAAUUAUACCGGAAACCAAAAAGAACGAUACAAUGUAUUGUCUGACGGAUGGAUAUAUGAGUUAUUAGUCUUGCAAUAUGCGCGUCGGCAUAAAGUGUGACGUGACAUAACGUAACGUAACGUAAUGAUUUAGUAGCGGCAUUUAAGCAAUUGUUGAAUUAGGCAAACGAAAAGUAAAAA